AAGUUAGUUGUCUGUACAAUACGUCAUGUAGUACUAAGUUUUGUACUUGUAAAGUUGUAGUGCCAUGGCCUAGGCAUAGGCUAGCGGUAUGCUAGUGAAGGCAUUCGGAAAUCUAUUAUCUUGAACUAGACCCGUUGUUUGUCCAUCUACACUGGAGGCAGUUCUAGCUGCAGACGGAAUACUUGCUCGAGAUGGCGUCUGCCUAAGUGUGGCUAUUUGGUAUGCGUAGAAACACCUCAAUGACCCUGCUCGUUCCUUAUCCUUACUUCCAGUUGGCAUAAGCAAAAGCUGGCCAAGAUCAGUUGCUUGUUGCUUUCAACGCGAAUAGCCUGAUAACAAUAAUACAAGUGUGGCGAUACAUGUAUCGCCCAGCGUGAGUAAUGGCAUUGCAUCAUGGAUAUCUAAUGGCUGGCCUGCUGACAUUGCUAUUUGCUGACCAGUGCAUCGAUCUUUCUCAGGCCACAAGUCAGACGACUAAUAGCCCACCCGCCACUACGACUGCUCCAGGUACAGGACAUCAACCAUCAUGCUUGGAGGAUUGGCUCGUGUUGGCCGGUGCCACAAGCCAUGCGGCGCACCACUUGGCACGUAGCAUGCAGGUGAAGCAAGCCGGUUUGGACGAGCAUAAAGUCAAGGAAUUCAGCACUUUUGUCAUUGGAAUUCUCCUGGGAUUUGACAAGAACUUGGCGAGGGAAUUGAAAUCAUGCAUAAUGGGCAACACAACAUGUCCAGCUGACUCAGAGGUCACACAUUUCCCGUGCCAGGACACGGGCCAUUGUGUGUAUAGUAGUCGCUUGGGUAGAACGCAGUGCGAGUGCGCAAGCGGACUGGUCGGCGACCGAUGCCAAACAGAUGUGAAUGAGUGCGAGAGCCCGGAGUUGAAUGGUUGCGGGCCAGACCAAGUAGCGGAGUGUUUCAAUACACAUGGAUCCUAUGCGUGUGGUUGCAGACCAGGCUAUUUCGGCAAUGGUGUACUAUGCAAGGAUAUCGAUGAAUGCCAGGAGAGGAAGGAACGGUGCAGUGAACAGGCGUACUGCAACAACACCAUAGGGUCAUACACAUGUACGUGCAAGCCGGGAUACGAAGGCGAUGGAUUCGUCUGUGAAGUCGAUUUGUGUGCAACAUCCAAAGAUUCCGGUGUAUGCCGACGAAUGGAGCGACUUGAGACUCACAUUCAGCAACUGGAAAGUAAACUGAAGAUCCGAGACAGGCAGAUUAACACAUUCAUGGAUGAACUUAAGCUGAUGUCGUCCGUGUUCACCCAUCAGCAUCGCUCUCUGAAAGCCACUGAUAAACGUCUUACACAGCUUGAACAGAGGAACGAGACUUGCGGAAUGGUAAAUUGGCAGACUUUCACGCAGACCAAUCCCACGAAAGCAGCCAACAUGAUUGUAUGGAAUGCCAAAUUCAACAAGACGUGGACCGACACAACUCUCCGAGUCACAUACUCCACAAUGCUUGGUCUUCAGGCUAGCAAUGCCUGGUCCUGUUUCACAUUUUCCAUUCUGAUCAACGGGGAAGAAUGCUCUGACCCUGCCCCAAUUCAGAACACCUUCAAUCUCCACGCAGCGUACAGUUCAAACGUACACCAAUUCUCGCCCACUGUGAUCACCGGAACAUGUAGAAAUAUUCCUGCUGGAACAAUAUCGCUAACAACGCGCACUGUGAAAGCCUGCUCACGGCAAAUGGUUCAUGAAAGCAAAUACCAAGGUCCGACUACACCUCCAGCGUCCAUGUUCGUGGAGGAACUUUCCAAGUGCUGAUUAAGCACAAUGCAUGCAUUUCGGGCGAUUCAGCGUUGCUGUAUACUACCCAGCGCAGGACACGUUGGCCUGUAGAAUAUCAGGAUUAUCAGUAAAUUGAUAUCAACAUAACCUGGAUGUAUUCUCGAUAGAGAUUGUUGCUCAUUCAGCUGAAAUGGCAUGCACAACCAUGUAGUUACGGAAAUGCAUAGUUAAUAGUUUGACCUGCUUUACAUUGUAGGGUCUGGUGGCCUACUAUCUCUCCCUCUCCCUCUUUCAAAUUGGUUAGUACGUGCAAAGAUAUAGACACUGCACUGUAAGUGUGUCAGGUUUGCUGAUUCUACUUUGGUCUUGUUCCAAACAGGCUUCCCUGUGCCAUCCAUUCGCUCUUAUUUUCAUAUUGUGUGAUUUCAUCGUAGCUACCCCAUUAGAGCUUGCCGUACUUUAGGUUAGCGCAUUGCGCAAGUCAUCACUAACGGCUGAAACUCUCUAGCUAUCUACCUCCAGGAUGUUCACACUGUCGUACCCCACGCAAUCCAU